CCCGCCCGUCAACACUGCGCGCAUUCAUAACCAUGGAAGCGAGCGGAGACGCCGAAGGAGGACGACUCGGCAUGUGACAAAUGUUGCUACGGCGAGCAACUUCGGCCUCGCCCGGUCUUCAGAUUUCAGCGUGGUGAAGCAGGAGCAACCACGAUGAAGUUGCUAAAGCCAAACUGGGUGACCCAUGACGGUCACCCAAUAUUUUCGGUGGACAUCCAUCCCGAUGGGUCCAGAUUUGCCACCGGCGGUCAAGGUUCAGACUGCGGCCAGAUUUGCAUAUGGAACAUGGCUCCUGUGGCAAGGGAGGAAGAGGAGCUAAGCGAUUCGGUACCGAAGCUGUUGUGUCAGAUGGACAAUCAUUUGGCGUGCGUCAACUGCGUCAGAUGGUCUUCCGAUGGUCGUCACCUCGCCUCCGGUGGCGACGACAAGGUCAUCAUGAUAUGGAUGAUAGGGCGGUAUGGCAUGAGCUCAUCGGGAAUGUUUGGUGGGGGAGGCAAGUCCAACGUGGAGCACUGGAAGUGCGUCAGCACCCUCAGGGGCCAUUCUGGAGAUGUCCUGGAUCUGGCCUGGUCUCCAUUCGACACCUGGCUUGCAUCAUGUAGUGUUGACAACACUGUGGUCAUCUGGAAUGCCAAGAGAUGGCAAGAAAUGUUGGCGGUCCUAAAAGGGCACACUGGCCUUGUGAAAGGUGUCUCAUGGGAUCCAGUUGGAAAGUACAUUGCAUCUCAGUCUGACGACAAGACCUUACGGGUGUGGCGCACUCACGACUGGCAGCAGGAGUGUGUCAUCACAGAGCCAUUUGUGGAGUGCGGAGGAACCACUCAUAUCUUGCGGCUGAAUUGGUCUCCUGACGGCCAGUACCUCGUCUCUGCUCAUGCCAUGAAUAACGCUGGCCCCACUGCACAGAUUGUGGAGCGCGACAACUGGCGCACCAACAAGGACUUCGUUGGCCACCGUAAAGCAGUGACGUGUGUGAGGUUCAACCCGCACAUCCGUUCAAGAGUCAACAAGGACAACAACAAGACACAGACCUUUUGCUGCUGUGCCAUUGGAAGUCGGGACAGGUCUCUGUCUGUCUGGCUGACCUGUCUGAAGAGACCUCUCGUUGUGGUGCACGACCUCUUCUCGAACUCAGUGUUGGACAUAUCCUGGAGUCAGGAAGGCAACCAAUUACUGGUGUGCUCCUGGGAUGGCACUGUGGCCUAUAUCGACUUCACCGAGGAGGAAAUUGGGAUGCCGAUUAGUCCGGAGGAACGAAACUUGUGGCAUCAGAAAUUGUACGGCAAAAGCUUGUCGGGUCCGGGAAGCCAGCAGCGGCAGUCGGGCACCACCCUGGUGGAAGACCCCGAGGUGUUGAAGGCCCAGGAGCAAUACUCGAAAGCGCAACAGCAGCAGAGGACGGCGGCUUCGACUCUAUCCAAGGAAGUCAACGGCGUCGCACCUUCGGCGAGCCCAGCUACGAGCAAUGUGCCUGCGAGUUCAGCAAACUCGGUGGUGCGCCCCAUCAACACCAACAGCAAUAGCAGCCGCCCCACAACGCACAUCAAGGGCCCCACCGACAAGCAAAUUGAAACGAGAAUGCCCGACGGGCGUCGCCGGAUUACACCGCUCUUCAUUCCUCCUGAUCCUGAAGUCGGAGAUGUUCCCGUGCCAUUCAACAGUCAAGCAUUGCCUAACUUCAGCUCGUCCACCGAGAGCAAAAGCAGGAUCAUCAUUGAGAAGCGAGACGAGUCCUCCAGUGUUCCUGCAACAGAUCUCUGCGACAAGUCCUCAGACAAGACUCCGGCCGUUCAGGAAGAACAGGCAGCAACACCUGCAACACAAGGUCAAGGCUUGGAGAAAGACACGCCCGCCACCACAGCGGUGAACACUCUGCCAAAUUCCGCUCCCCCGGCUGUGUCAGCGGCAGCUUCUGACCUGUCUGAGAAGCCAGCAGCCAAGCCUGCUAAUGAAUCGCUGAUGCCGACGGGUAAGCGGAAAGCCACAGAGACGACACCAGUCGUGGCAAGGCCACCUGAGAAAAAGCGCGGUCGACCUCCACUAGACCGCACACUACAGUUUCAGCAGCAGCAACAGCAGCAGCAACAACAACAACAGCAGGCGCAGAAAGAAACCUCGGGGCACACGGCUGCCAAUGCCCACCAGUCUGCACCAGGUGGUGUUCCCCACCGGCAUCAAGCCAUGUUUCCAGCUCUAAAGCAAAGCAUGCCGGCCACGAUUAAGGUGGCACACCUCGAAGACUCCAAGGUGCUGAGGAGCAUUCAGCUGCAGACGGACAUUCCAGUGCCUGGAUCGCGGACAGUGAGUAAGGUGCGAUGCAGCGAGGAGGAAACGGUCUUCUGGGAACACCUGGUUUCAGGUCGAGGAGUGGCCCUCGCUGCUAGCAGCCACGUGGUGUGUGUGGUGUGCGAAGACCGGACUUUGACGGCCUUGUCGUGCGUGACGGGUGCCAAGCUCAUGCCGCCACUGCUGCUGUCAUGGCCCGUGGCCCACAUGCUGUGCAAGGGCAGUUGCCUGCUCGUCUUGACAACGCACGGCUCAUUGCACGUCUGGGACCUGAGCAAGCGUGUCUGCACGGUGCGCGACGAAUCGGUGGCCCUUCUGUUCCGCGACACGGCGGGAGCCACGCUUCGUGCUUCCAGCAUUACGGACGAAGGUCUGCCUUUACUCACACUCACAACGGGCAAGUCGUACCUCUUCAGCAAGGAGCUUGGCUCGUGGCUCCUGCUUACGGGAAGCGAAGACGCUGUUGCACAGUGUUCGGACCACCACGCGUCCAUGCCGUCUGCGGCUGACGAAGGGAAGCCCUCGACACUGCCCUUGGGAUCGCUCCAGCACAACAUGUUCAGGGUUCCCCAGCGGGCCAAGUCGGUAUUUCACGCUGGCCCCUCGUUACAGCAGGCUGGCACGCUCAGCUUCCUAGAUGGCCAGAUUUCAGCGUCCAUGGCUCUGCGAUCAUCCACCGAAUACCGAUUCUGGACGCUCACGUUGGCACGGUACCUCGCCACCGAAGGUUUGGAAACCCGGCUGAAAGAUCUCUGUACACAAUUCCUUGGCCCCAUUGGUGGCAACUCACAGUCAUGGGAACCAACUAUAUUGGGCUUGGACAAGCGCGGGCUGCUGCAAGAGGUGUUGCCGUUCUUGGCCUCAAACUUGCGACUGCAGCGGCUCUUUACGGAGUUCAAAGAACAGUUGGACAUGGCUACCAGUGAUGGCCUGCUGCCAAACGGUUGACCAUCACCCAGUAGAGUUAGGCAUCACUGGUUCACAUCUAUCAAGCCUGUUGUAUCAUAAACUGAGAAACUGUAGCGCAACCAGGAAAAGCCCUCAUCAUGGAGCUUCGUCAGAUGCCCCUGCUGCCUUCCUUCCUUUUGCAGUGUGUGCACCGUGAUCUUUCACUUUCUGGUGUAACUGCCUAUUUGCCUUGACUGCUGCAAAGAGGAGGAAAUGGUGGUUUCGUGAUCUCGAAAGUGUACGUCGCUGGUGCCACAUCUGGGAAACCUGUUCUAAGGUGCGAUGCGCCGGUGAUAGCCAUCGUGACGGUUCUCAACAAACAGUGCGGUGAGGAGUCGGAUGCAGCGUUCAAGUCAUUUAGUUCCAAGACCGGCAUAGAAGAACAAGAAGGACAUCACUGGUGUUAUUUUGAAAGAGUGCAUGGGAAAUCAUUGUGGACUUAAUAUUUCUUUUUUUAACUUGCACCCUGCAUCGUACCAGUCUGCCACUCUGAUAUUCAAUUCAUCCAGUGAUUUAUGUCAUUGUCCUGUAUAGAGUCUCAUCAUUCAGGCCACAUUAGGUUUCACGAUAAGCAUUUUCAGGAUGAAAGCACGUUAGAAUUCAGCACCACCAAUGUCAGUGCACUUGCUCUGAAGCGUAGGACUUGUGUGGUGCGUUGUGAAGCGGUUACGUUGCAUCGAAUGCUGUAGACACUCCGAAAUGGUGGUUGAUACUGCGACCCAGUGCUAAAUUAAGACCCUCAUUACUGCUGCCAUGAGCGUGCCAUGGUUAUAUAUCCAUGUAUGGUAAUGGCACGGUGUGUAAUUGUACAUCUCCCGUACAGCACCCGCUAUGUUGCAUCACAGCAUUAGUAUCGACAUGUUGCGACAGAUCAGCCUUCUCGUAACGCUCUUCCUCAGUUUUGCCGAUUGGAGGGUAGCUCCACACCUCAACUGAAAAGGUCACCGCACUUCAGUAGCACUCCUCAGCAAUUCCUAUGGUGUCAUAUUUCGUAAACAUGUGCUGGAAGUGAGUGGGUGUUCCUCAGUGGACCUGUCACUUGUAAAUCGCUUGGGGCCUUAUUCGACUGAGUACAUUAAACAACUCCUCUCUGAACAAGUUUCUGAGAGGGGCAUUGAGGAAGUCCUUACCUGAAGACCUGCUAAGAAGCGCUACGGAAGCAGAGUGGCUGUCUCAAGCAAUUCCUUUUCACAGGAGUUGCCGAGAAGUGUUACUAAAGGAGAGUGAUUACUUCAUUGAUGAACGGCACAGCCCUUUAUGCCCAUUGGAUAUAGUGUAGUAGAGGCUUGCUCCCGGAUAGGAUGAUCGGGUCGCAGUGCUCUGUUCCGUCUACUCUCGGUGCCUGCAGUAUAGGUGCACGACUUAAAACACGUUGUGCGAGUACAGGUGUUUCUUUUAAUUUUGUCUAUUGUGCAUCAUCUUAGUGAAUUAUGGAAGCAGUGUUUUGUUUUAUAUAGCAUCCUCAUCUGGAAUUUGAAGAGGCGGUCCUUUAUUAUUGUACAUACGAUACGAACACUUGCCGUAUGAGCCAUUUCGCAGCCCACACGUUGAAUUUUUGCCACUUAAUCACCUUUGCCGACGCCAACUGAGGCAUUGCUUACGUCCCCCUGCUGGUUUUGUGAGUAUGCAGUCAAUUGGAAGGCGGUAAAGUGCGAUUCCAUGAGUGCAGGAGGAGCAACACAUCGCAGGUGGCAUUCCUGCAGAAUAAGACUGUUCCUGUGUGCCUGUUGAGAUCAGUCGUUUGCUUGUGGAACACAUUUUAGCGUUAAAUUUCGGAUACCUGCGGAUAUUCUUAUUUUUGAUUCUUGCAACUUGCUGCUGAUCUUGCUGCGACUUUUGUCCUGAGACAUUCUAUUCUUGUCAACAAGGGAAAGUAACGAGGAAUUAAUGAGGAAAAAUGCCUUUUUGUAAUGUAAAUAUUUUACUUCGAUGAAAUGAUUGAGUUGCUCUGCAUGAAUUUGGCAUUCAGGUCGCAUAUUUGAAACCACUGACCAGAAAGUGCAUUUGAUGAAGUGUUGAGAAGUGGGUUGGAAAUUGUAAUAGCCCAGAAGAUUGAAAAGCAUGCCUUUUUCUUCUCACGUUAUAGCUUUUUUUCAUAGGUUUAUGUUACUGUAAUAAUGCUUCUUUUGUGUGUUGCCUUUUGUGAGAAACUUUCGUGACACAAUGCACACGUGUUGAGGCAGCAGUCUGGAAAUUGUGUUCACCAGGGGGCUUUUGCAUCAAGAAGAAUGAUCUAUGAAUAAAUCUGCAUAAUUGUACGGAACCUCAAUAGUGUGAAAUGUAGAAGUCUAUUGCAGCUGAAAAAUUUGAAACGUAUAUCCUAGUAAUUAUUGUUGCUAGAGCUUAAUGUCUUCAUACGAAGACAGGAGCACAGCUUUUUUUUUUAGAGCCUUCCUGGAUUGUGUACACAUUCUGUAGGGAGCUGUGCGUCCAUAAGCAAAGCAAUGUGUCGCUGCCAUUCGCCUGAUGUUGUUGAGACCCCCUUUUUGGGGAAUCGUAGGCUGUGCGCAUAUCGGUGCAGAAAACACACAAAGUUGUAAUUCAGCUGUGAAGGCUGUUUUAAUUUGCAUGCGGUAUUUUCAAUCGUGUAUAACCCACUUGUGCCCACAGCCAGCGCUUCCAGACCUAAUUUAGCCAUAUUUACAUUCAUAAAAGAAUUGUUUUACAGCAAAGGCUCACUGCUGCAUGAGCAGUCAAAGAUAUUAGCAUAGUAAAAAGCCUCCAUGCUGUAAGCUAUGUUCUUCCCCAAGGUGUUUUUUUUUUACUUUUGGGAAUGAAAGUGUAGCAGGCAUGGUAGAAUACUUGAGACAUAGUGGCUAGUUGCUUGUCAUUCUGUUGAUGUGUAAGUGCACAGGAGAAACACGCAUGUUACGCAUCUGAUAUGCUUGCACACAAAUAUGCAAUGUGAAUGCAGUGUGUGUUGACGCAUUUUUUAGACGUGGGCGAAUUUACAGUGCAUGUAUUCAAGACAGCAUAACAGUGCACUUACGUGUUAUGGGUCAAGCGUUGCUCUCCUGCCUGGAAAGCCUGCAGUUGUGGAUGCCCGAGUGUCGGGCUUAAUAUGCAAGGCUCGACCAAUGCUUCUGCCAUAUUGGCAGGUUAUCUAGGGAGAUGGUAAAAAAUGCCAGCACUUCAGCAUUGUACAAAAGUGUUAAACUACUUCUUUUCCAGUGAACUGUUGGAAUUAUGCCUCAUUGUAUCUUAGGCAUUGUACUCUGUCCCAUGGAUUGGUAGUUUAUCAUGUUUCCACAAUCUGCUGCUAAUAUAUCUACAGUGGCACUGAUACUGGUGUCAUUGCUAGCAGUUUUAGGUAUUGGACAACAACAACAAGAUAGAUGUCUCACACUUAGUCUUUUAAUAUAAUGACUUUAGUUCGGAACGGGUUGAAAUAAAUAGAAUGUCAGUAGUGUAUUGAGCCACUUACCCAGUUGUUAAACGAUGCGGUAGAGCUGUUUGUUUAAUGCCGUACUGAGCAUGACAAGGCGUAUGCAACUUUUAAAGAAAGGACAAAGCUUAAUUUGCAGAGGUGACGGUAUAGCUCUGCCUUUUGGUACAAGCUCAAUAGCAGUUGAGGUGUGGAUAUUGCAAUGAUCACUGCAAAGUCUUGUCAAAGUGUGUACAGGUGUAUCAAGCAACUUAGCUCAAAGGCUGCCUGUGUCAUUUUGUACAUAAAACGGAGACCCUUUCCUUGUAUGGCCUACUGCUUUUUUUUUCUAGUUUUUUUUUCACCCUUGGACACACCAUCUGUAUUUAUAGCAAUCAUAUUACUGGCGUGAAUGUUGUCUCUUUUUUUAUUGUCUUGCCAAGAUUCUCGUUUUGUUGUUUGAUAUAUAUGUAUAUAUACUUUUUUCCCCAUGCUAUGUAUAUUUCGCGUGUAGGGUAAUAUAGUGUUUUACCUUUGUUGCUUUCCACCCUCUUUUCCAUCUUCAACCAUCACUGUUCCUGCUGUAAAAAAAAUAAAUUUGUAUGAAACAU